AAACCCCCCCCAGGAGGAUUACUGACUAAUGGCCAGAAUCAACGAGACCCUCUGUGAAGGGGAAAGACCCUGCCCUUUCCAAGGAUCGCUUUGUGACAUCACUCUCAAAAGAUGUAUCUGUGCAAUGUCGCACGUUUACAACCACCGCUCGGACUCGUGCGAGCCGGCCUGCAUGGGUCCUCACUGCGGUCUCUCUUCCUUCGGUAAUUCGGCCCUGGACCUCGGAAACGCGAGCGGCUGGCCGAUCACAGCCGCACACAUCGCUGCGAUGUUCACAGCCUGUAUACUGAUUUUGGCCGUUUGCCACUUAAUCAUACGACUCUACAUGAGGAGUCGAGAGACAGCCUUUCUCCGGAAUCAUAAUCGGUCCUACCUCGAAUCGCUGGUCGUGCGGGGAGCAACUAUAGCCGGACCCGAUGGGCCCGUCAUUGCGGGAGCAGCUCCGCAAUACGAUAGCGACGAGUUUGACAUAGCGUGUUCCAGACCACCGGGGUAUUUCGAGGUAACGAGGACAACAGUGUGAAAGAACCGCGCGGAGUACGAGAGGCUCUCCGAUUCCGAUGCACGCGCCGCGGAUCAGUGUCUCCGUCGGCGUUUCGGUGGCACAAUGCUUUUGAGUCCUGAGGGAAUCUAUCAUGGGGAAUCAAAUGUCGGUCCUUCAGAACUAGAAAAUCGGAUCUUCAUGCGCGCUUCCCCGAAUCGCUGAUUCCGGAAUCUCCCAGAUUGUCGGAAAGAAGGCUUGAAGGAGUCCUCGCAGUCGAG